GUGGACUUUUUGCAUUGUGCGAGACUGUGCUAAACGCACCAGUAUGCCUAUAGUCAAAAUUCCUAUCAAACAUUAUUUAGGAAUAGUUUCUCAGUCUCAACAAGAGGAUUUCAAAAAACGCUUCAGAAAAAAGGCCGAAGAAAGUGAUACUGCAAGAAAUACCACCAGUGUCAGAAGAAACCCAUUUGAAACAACAGAAGGCUUCAUUGAUAAAUACAAUCAGUCACAAGGCUCAAAGGAGCAGGAAAAGUAUGAAAAUCUUGCAGAUGUGUUUCUCAGUCGAUGCAAGCGUCGUGCUGGAUUUACAUCUGUUGGUGAAGGUAAACAUGUUGAUCUCCCCGGAGCCUGGACGCAGCUUCUCCUGCUGAGCUUGUGCAAUGGAAAAGUUAGAAAUGAUUCACUGGAUGUCCUGGUUGUGUCAUUGGACCACGCACCCAUUCAUGCAGAUCAGAUCCCUGUGCUGUUCCACCUGGCAGAGUCAAUCCACUAUUUCCUGUGCUCUGACACAACUCUGUUGGACCCUCCAAGUUCUUAUACGACGAAGAUGCUGCAGCUUGGUUAUUUGGUCUCUCUGAGGCUGUUCAUCUUUCAACUGACUGGUAAUUUAAAUGGACAUCAACUAAGCAGAGUCUAUCUUCACAGCUUAAAAGGGCUGUUGAAGUGUGAAACACGCUACCAAGAGUUCCCAAACAUGUUAUUUUCUGUUCACUUCAUGUUGCAUGUCGGGGAGGUUCUGUGUGGUCUCAAACUUACCGAGGACACUUCAGUGCAGUUCUCUGUGGAAGCACAGAAGCGUGGUGUUAACCAGGUCUUAAGGCAGUGCCUUCUUGGCUAUCACUGUGUGCAAAACAAUGGCACUCGGCUCUCUCAAGUGAUCAAACAGCUUAUGUUGCUGAGAGAUAAACUUCAACAAGACAACUGGGUCGACUGUGGGUUAGGGCUGAUGAUUCUGGGAGAGGCCGCCAAAUCUAGCAUGCUGUGCCUUCAGACCCUUAUGAACCUUCACAUGGUCCAAACACAAGAAAGCACUCAGGAAAUUACAUCACAAAAAGCAUCCUGGCCGUGGCAGUUGGAGCACAUAUAUUGCUCCGUUUUGAUUGACAUUUGCCAGAACAGCUACUAUGCUGAAAUGAAGAAAACAGCCCUCAUUGGGCAGUCAAACUCUUCUCCGUGCAGACGUUCUGGAGGACUUGUAACUUUGCUCAAACAAUCACACGAAGACAAAUGGAGGCUGCGGUACAGUGUGGUUCAGGGUUUGGCACAGAUCAGCCGGAGGAUCACGCUUCCGGAGAGCCUGAGGAACACUGCCUGGUUAACACUACAGAAACAUCUGAACCAGGAGACAGACCUCCGCAUAAUCAAUGCUGUGAGAAUCAUUGAGGCUGAUAAAAGGCUCCUGAAGAACCACAGAGAGAGGAUGAGAAGUUCACACACAGUUGAUGUGUGUGUAUGUGCACAGGGUAAGCGGAUCACUGGGCGGCUGGCACACACUCUUUCCCAGAUCUGGCCUCCAGUUCAGCUCACUACUCAUUCUGCAAACCACCGGCACAGAAUAAAAACCACCAAAACCAGGAAAGAGGCAGUUUCCACAGCCAGGGCUGGAGAAGGAUGCCCUGAACCACAUCAGACUAUUACUAAAGAUGAUCACAAGACACCAAGACAGGGCAAACAUGGAGUUUCUCAUCUGGACCUGAGAACCAGGACUGAUAUUGAUCUGAUUAAAGUUGUGGAAGAUCAAUGGCAGAGGGAAUUGAAAAUAAUGUUGGAAAAAGAGGAAGAGAUUGAAAAGACAGUGCUGGAAAAAAGAAAGCAAGAGGACGAGGAGAAGGUAAUGAAGAAACGCAUGGAAAAGGUCAAAAAGAACACAAAACCUUACGAGUUACCAUGAACCAAUAUAUGAUUUUACCUUUAAGUCUAUAAAGCACUGAGAAAUAGUGACAAACACAUCCUUAAAACUGAAACAAAUAAAAGACUGAACAAUUUUUAUUUUUCUGUAACAUUCCUUUCAAAUGACAGACAGACAGAGACAGGCAGACAUUCGUUGGCUAAAAUUGUAAAUGGCAACACUGGUAAAAAGAUGCAUACUCUUCAGAUAGUCACCACACUGUUCAAGAUUAAAAAUAGAGGAAUAUUCUCACAGGGUCGGAAAGCAUUGGCCUGCUUUCAUUAUCCUGAUUGACUACAGUCACAGACCAAUUUGGUCAUACAAGUGUGAAUUAAGCAGCUAGUUGGAAUACAGUGAUCACAGCACUUCUGACUGACCAACAGAACGACACACCAGUCAAUAUUUUCAUAAAAGGAAAAAGAAAAACAUGCUGAAUCAACAAAAAAAAAUCACAGUAGCAAGUCAACAAAUGAUCAUCUUUCACACUCAAGACAAGCGGCCAACUCUUAUUGCCAGCCUGAAACAAAACACCCCAAAAAAGAUACCCAGAGUAUAAGACAGAAAAUGGACUCCCUUUAAGAAUAAACAUCACAGAAUGAAGGAAAAUGCAUUUGUGAAAAACAUUCAUAUCAUAUAUCACAAUGUGUGGCAAAUCUACAUAUCAGAAAGAGCUUUAAGAACUUUGCCAGGUAAAAUUGGAGAAUUACUGGCAGGCAAUUUCUGACUACAGGAAGUCUGUGAUUUAAGGUCUAGAAAAAUAGAUCAUUGUUGCAUAAGACAAAAAUGUACAUUUGCAUAGUUUGAUUGUAUAAUAAAUCGAGCUUUUCCAUUUUUAAACUUCAACACAAUCACAUGAAGUUUAUAAUCCAUAGUAACCAUGACACCAUUUUAUGAUCAAGCACCCCUUCCAACUCAACCAUUGCAAGAAUUUAUAUUAUUUAUGCAUGUUUAUAUUCAUAUAGCCUAAUAUAUUAAAUAAAAAAAAAAAAAUAUUCUCUGAUAAUUAUCAUCUCUGGGAACAAUGGAAUUAAAUCUUCAAUACACAUACUUUAGUACAAGACACCCACCCACCUUUGGUCAAUUUAUGUUGCUACUGAACCUAUUUACAAUCCUUCAGACUGAAUAAAAUAGACAAAUUAAGAAAAAAGGGUGACCAAUAUAUACUAUCUAUAUAUUUAGAAAAAACAAAUCACUUAAGAAAGAUAAGACACAACAUCUGAGGCUUCUAAAUUUUAAGUCACAUUAAAUGACCCAUUUCAAUGAAUGUGAUAAACACACGUAACUUGCAGUCAUUUGCAUUGAUAGAAAUUAUCAAGGGACAUUUAAAGGUGCAGCAUGUAAGAAUUCUAGAGGUCGCUAAAGGCCUAUUCAAAACAAAGGCGUAGCUUAAUGACGCCAAGUUUGAGCGCGGAAUCUUGGGACAUGUGGUCUUCACCUCAAUGGACGGUGCAAAAGAAUAGGGAUAGGACUCUGAAAGAAAUCAUGUUCAUGGAUGCGAUUAUUAACGUUAUUGUAGUAUGAAGCAGAGCAGGACCGAGUGUUGUGGGAUCUGAACGAGGACGCUGGAGCGAUUGUGCAACACGCCUCACGAGCAGCAGAACUUUUAUUAUGCCACAGUCGCCGGCGCCGCUUCCGCUUUUCCGGUCAUGAGUAUGAGGUAACAGCAGCUCUGUUUAUCAUAUUAGAUACAUUUGAGUAUGUUGAAAAUGAUGUUAUAACGUUACUCUGUGCGUUCGCUCGGUGGCUGCUGUGAGACACUUCUUGCACACUGCAGUAAGAUGGGCAUCGAUUUUAGAAUAUCAUAUUAAAUGCUGGAUGGCUUGUGUUGAUAAAUGGAAUGCAAUUAAUUUUAAAACGUAUUGUGUGAUGGAGAAAAUGCUGUGUUACUGUUACUAAAAAUAAAGCUGCAUCUGAUUAUGCUAUGUUAGCUACUUGACAAAAUAGUGUUUUUCUCUGAGGCAUGGUAAAGCAUGGUACUCGCAAAAAAUCAAGAAAA